AGCCUAUCAAGGCACAUAUCUACUAAUUCUAUCCCGAAAAUAGCACUAGCGUUCUUUCAAGGGAGUAUGACUGGAAAAGCUGAUUCUCGAAUUCGAGCAUGCUUCCCCAGAUACCAGGGGCACAUUCCACCCUGCUGUGCCACCUCAUUCCUGCCAGGUAUUGGAUUCCGGGGUGCUGGGAAGCGAGAUAAGCAAGCAAGUUUUAAAGCUGCCUAAAGCGCCCUUGAGAUGGUCUCGAUGGAGACGAAAUUGUUUUCGCGAUGCUUCCUCAACCGCUGAAAGUACUGUGGAUGGCGGUAAGUCUUCCCAUUCGGGGAUGGCCAAGUCGGAACCCGCGUGAUGUUAGGAUUGGAUUGAUGGAUGUACCGAUGGCGAGCGCUGCUCCGAGUGUUGCGCUUGCGAUGAGUCUGGACGGGACAUGUGGUGGCGAAAGUGGGUUCUCAUGCGAAGGUUCUAAGUUCGGGGAUUGUUGCAGCCACCACGGCUUCUGCGGCUUCGACGAGUCGCACUGCGCAGCACCGACCUGCCAGUCUGCCUUCGGAUCCUGCCAGACCCCUAGCGUCUCUCAGUGGACUGCAGUGUGUAUGGCAAAGCUAAACGAUCCAGAGGUCUGUAGCACACUGCCUGUGGUUCCCGAAACUGCGGUCUGCGCGCGAGCGGUGAAGUGUACUAAGCUCGUUGUUGAAUGCAUGAACAGAACUUUAUGGAUGCCCGGAUGGUUGGUGGUAUUAGGACCUGUCAGGGAUAAUAUGCUGAGCAAGUUGGAUAUAUGCCGGGAGUUUAAUCAUCAGUGUCAGACUGUGCAACGCGAUUGCAAAGAGACGGCGUAUUCAGGUGGAGAGACUAUGCAUUCAUUGGGUCCGGAAGGAGGAGCUUCGGGGGUCCCUGAGUUGUGAAUGGGUUUGUUGGAAGUAAUCGCAGCGCAACAAGGGCUUCAGUUGUUUUUGGAUUGCUUUUCUAGGUCUCGUAGCCGUUCG